AUGGACGGUGGAGACGAAUCGACGGAGAAGAGUACUUGCUCUCCCGAGUAUUGGGUCAAGGGCCAGUGGACAUAUCAAGAAGAUAGGAAAUUGAUUAAGUUGGUUAAUCAGUACGGAAAUAGAAAAUGGUCAGCUGUGGCUGAGCAUAUGGUGGGAAGAAUCGGGAAGCAGUGUCGAGAGCGAUGGCAUAACCAUUUACGCCCCGAUAUCAAGAAAAGUCUUGUUUGGACCGACGAAGAAGAAAUGUUGAUAAUCAAAGCCCACGAACGGUUCGGAAACCGAUGGUCCGCCAUAGCUAACUAUGUACCCGGCCGAACCGAAAAUGCAAUCAAGAAUCACUGGAAUUCAAUCAAAAGAAAGCAGAUUUCGACUCGAAAAAUCAGCAAGCCCGAAAAGCUUAAAGGGGUAAUCACAUCAACUAUUUUAGAAGAUUACAUCAAGAACAAGUAUUUCAACAAUGAAUCAUACUCUUCAUCAACCACUAAUAACAACACCAACCCUAAUAAUGCAAUUACAAACCCUAAUAAUAACUACGAUUAUCAUCACGGCAUUUAUGAUGAUAUAUAUUACUUGAUUCACGAUACGAUUGAUGAGGAGAUUAAAUUCAUGAGAACCCUUUUUCCGAACAACGACAACAACCUCAAAAAUCAGACAGUCGGUUUAGCGGGACACGACUUGGUCGAAAUUUCCUCGAAACUUAAGAAGCUACUAAUUGAUGAUGAUUAUGGAGAUAUUUCGAUGGAGGAGGCGGAUAUUUACUUUUCUUCCUAUAUGUUUGAUGAAUCCGAUCAUGGGAAUAUUAUUGGAUCGAACAUGGAAUAUUGA